AUGGAUAUCCAAAAAGUAUCCAAAGAUGCCCAAUGUUGGAUCUUCCCAACAAUAUUGUGUGAUGCUGCUCAGGAAUGGUAUUUCAAGUUUCAACCGGCUAGCAUAACCUCUUGGGAGAUGUUUGUUAAAGAGUUUUAUGGCCAAUUUCAUGUUGUUCGUAUACAUCCUACAGAGGCUAACCAGCUAGUAGAUAUAAGGCAAAAAGAAGGAGAGCCUUUAAAUGAGUACAUUCAAAGGUUUAUGAGAGAAGCUGCUCAUGCCAAAACCGUGGGGGAUGAAGGAAAGAUGAUGUCCAUAACAAUUGGGGUUCAACGCCAAUCCCCACUAUGGAGCAGUUUACGAAAGAAUGGAGUUAAAACUACCCAAGAAUUUUUGGACCAAGCAAAUAAGUAUUUUAAGCUAUAG